AUGUCCUUCUUGAGGCAUCUCUACUACCACGUCAUCGCCUUGCAGGAAGCAAAGUCCAGGAAAACGGAAGUAAGACAGCUGAGUGAUGGACACUCAUCAAUCGAGGUGAGAAAGUUCCAUCACAGAGUUGGAGGCGUUGGAUUUGUUGUACACCCAUCUGUUGUCCAUCUUGUCGAUUCGCAGGAGGUCCUAUCACCUCGUCUGGCUAUCCUUCGACUCCAUCCUCUACAUCAGAAAGCCACACUAUCAUCAAAUGUUAUCCUCCAACAUUAG